GAUGCGCCGCGGGAACAGUUGUCGCGCAGCGGCCACCGAGUGGUGUCGCUCUUCUUAGGCUCCAUCAUGGUGUUCGGCUUCCUCAACAACCUGCUGGUCCUGGUUCUGUUCUGUAAGUUCAAGACCCUGAGGACGCCUGUCAACAUGCUGCUGCUCAACAUCAGCGUCAGCGACAUGCUGGUGUGCGCGUGCGGUACCACGCUAAGCUUCGCUUCUAGUCUGCGGUACCGGUGGCUCUUCGGCCGGCUGGGCUGCUUGUGGUACGGCUUCAUCAACUCCUGCUUCGGUAUUGUUUCUCUGGUGUCUCUGGCCCUGCUAUCCUAUGAGCGAUACAGCACCCUCCUAGUGUACAACAAGCAGGCCUUGGACUACAGGAAGCCUCUGCUAGCUGUGUGCGGGGCUUGGCUCUACUCGCUGGCGUGGACUAUGCCCCCUUUACUGGGAUGGAGCAGCUACGGUCUAGAGGGGGCAGGAACCAGCUGCUCUGUGACGUGGACCGAGCCAACAUCUCGCUCUCACUCCUAUAUCGUUUGUUUAUUUGUCUUCUGCCUGGGCCUCCCCAUCUUUAUUAUGGCGUACUGCUAUGGCCGCCUCCUGCAUGCUGUUAAACAAGUGGGUCGAAUCCGACGGACGAGGCGGCGUGAGUUCCACAUCCUGUUCAUGGUCGUCAUCACGGUGGUUUGCUUCCUCCUUUGCUGGAUGCCGUAUGGCGUUGUGGCCAUGAUUGCCACGUUUGGUCAGCCGGGCCUCAUCAGCCCUGUGGCGAGUGUAGUGCCAUCUAUCCUCGCCAAGAGCAGCACCGUCUUCAACCCUGUCAUCUACAUCCUGAUGAACAAGCAGUUCCACCGUUGCUUCCUGAUCCUCUUCCACUGUCAGCACCAGCUGACAGAGAACUUACAGUCCGUCGCAUCCAGAACCACCACGGCCCAUCUCAAUCAUCUUGCGGCGGGCAGCGGCCCCAUUGAUUCGGGCAAUGCCGGCCAAGCAGUCGUCGAAGCCUGUGACAAAGAGGGCACCAGCGCCAGCCUCUCGGAAAAAAUGGAAGCACCUGCGAUGUCGCUUGCUGAGAUCUCUUUGUGA